AUGAGGUUUCUCGACGGCACCGGUCAGCCCAAUAGCUCAUCAGUCAGCUUACAGUCAUCCACUGUGAGAUGGCAGCAAUCAACAUCCAGACUAUGGCGUCGGUCGGUCUCUUCAUGGUUCGGCUCAAAGGAUCUAUUCCACCAGGCUACCGUAGAAACAUGGCAAAGGUCAUCAGGCUCUAGAGAUAAUUCAAAGGUGGCCGUCGAUCAACAACAUAAGAACCCCGUGGUCUCCUCAGAGACAAAUAAUCAAAGCUCGAUGCAUCUCGCGAAAGAAGACCAUGCCAUCACACCCAGAGAAGCAUCAAGGACAAGACCUCCCAGCGAGCAACCCGUGAAAUCCGGCAAGGAAUCUGCUACGGAAAGCAAGACGAUGUCGACACAAACACACGGGACCAGUCAGGAUAAGAAAAGCAUCCCGGACCGUCCGAAAGCAUCUCAAGCCGGACGAACGAAUUCCUCCUUAUCAUCGCCAUUGACAGACCUAUCCACCGUGUCUUCCAUGUCCUCGCCAUCAGUGUCUUCCAAGACAUUCCCAAGGGGGACCGGUAUCGACGCCAAAGCAUUCUCGCCACUCGCAGUAGAUCUCUCAGUCGAGAAACGACGACCAGACGAGCAAGUGCGCGACCUACUCAAUUACACCGAUCACGUUCUUGCUCAAGCUCAAACCACGCGACAAUUGCGGGAUACAAAGUCGACGCUCCUGGGCCAGGUUGAACAUAAUUGGAUUCAUUCGACUAUUACCGAUGCUGUCGACUCAGCGCAGGAGCUAGCCGAGAUCCUUGAACCUUGCAAACAAGACAUGGCGAAGCGUAAAGGAAAAGGGAAGAUUAGCUCUGCCAAUCGAAAGCAGUGGAAGGUUCGCAACCGUGAGCGCGCAGAAGAACGACAGGCUCGCUUGAUCCGCUAUCAUUGCCGACUCGAUCAAGUCUACCAGCACCUAACGAAACUCAAGUUGCCACAGGUGAUCCCAAUCACAGACGUGGUUCUACCCGACGCUGCUGAGAUGCCAGCGGUAGCGAAAGUAGAAAGCACAGUCUGGGAGCUCCCUUCAGAGCCGCAAAGUCUUACUACUGCGGAGAUCUCUGGCAUGUCCGAGAUGCCAGAGAUGCCGCCGGCUUCUCCAGCGCAGCCGCCAAUACCAACAGGCGCCGUUGAGAUGCCAGCGGAUUUUGGGGCAACAAGCCUUGUGGCGGAGCUUCCUGACGUGGACCAAGAAUGCGCUACUACCACCCUGUCAGCAGCCAGUCCCUCGCCGGACAAAGUAACACUGUCGUCUGGGCGUUCCUCCACGGCGCCGAGGAUUCCUAGAAAGGCUUUGCCGAUCAUUGCUGAGCUGCCAUGCGGAGUUGCUGACGUUUCAAUGCGAAAUGUGCAGCCGCUUCCAGAAAUAUCUAUCGCGGAUGCUCACAACUGUACCUCCGCCAUGAGAUCCAGCGAUUCUUGA